AUUAAUGGAUUCAAUAUUAACUCUAUUGGUGUAUACAAUUUCUUCAAUUUCAAUUACUAAAAUACGAAUUUGUGUAAGAGGAGGAGUGUAUAAAGCGGGUAGCGUGUACACGUAAUAUCAAAGUAAUGAGUUUUUCAAGAAAAUGUUGGCAAUAUAUUGACGACUACCUAAGAAACUCCUCAUUGCAUGGAUUGAGUUAUGUUGGAGAUUCUACACUAUCGUUUGCGGAAAGAUUCUGUUGGUUAUUGUGUUUUAUCGGCGCAGCAUCUUUUGCCGGUUAUUGGGUCAGUCUAAUAUAUAUUAGGCAAGUGCCAGUUACGAUCACUGAAAACCCCACGCCAGUGUUCGUAUCAGACAUUCCCUUUCCAACUGUCACAGUGUGCAAUGUGAACAGAGUAAAACGUUCAGCAGCCCACAGAAUGCUAAAUGAAACCAAUCAUUCGAUAACAAAAGAUAUGUUGAAAGAUUUCUGUCGCUCAAACUUUGUAAGUAUAACUGCAGCAAACGCUACUACGGGAAGUUUCCCAUCGGUUGAUAUAAAUCACUUCUUCUCGCAGAUUGGUCAUUCAUGUUCCGAUAUGGUAAUGCGGUGUUUUUGGAAAUCUGAAGAAAUUGAUUGUAAAAAAUGGAUGAAUCCCACAAUAACACAAGAAGGACUUUGUUGCACCUUUAAUUUAAUGCCCAGCAGCUACAUAUUGCGAUACAGAUCCAACAGUGACAGAUUAAAGUACACCUACCCUAUAAUAGUCGAGGAGUGGGAUCAAGAACGUGGAUUCUCUAGAAACCCCAUCCUUGAAAGCAUACCGUGGAGGUCUGAGGGUGCCGGUGUUUUUUUUGGUCUGAGCUUGAUACUCAAUGCAAAUCUAAGUGAAUAUUACUGUGGAUUUCGUAAAAGUUCUGGAUUUAAGGUUAUACUUAACAACCCUUUAGAAUUGGUAGGGUAUUCAAGGCAAAUACCUCUUCAACGCGAGACUUGGAUGGAGAUUGAAGCUUUCGUGAAAGAAACUGACAAAGAUACUCGUUCCAUACCGUUUGGAAACCGCCUCUGCUACUUUAACAGUGAGAGAUAUUUAAGAUUUUUCAGGUGAUUGUCAAUUGAUUUGUGAAUAUGAAUUUGUUCAGCACGCAUGUUAGCAUCUAAUACCUACA